AUGGCUGCAAAUGGAAACACCCCGUUGGAGAUCGGUACGCGUGGAACCGUAGGAUCACUGGUGAAGAAAGAGAUCGAGUACUUUAGAGAAUUCGAAGUCGAACGUGUUGAGAGUAGUCGAACGAGUUCCGAAAGAAGCUUCGAUGAAAUUGCUUCGAGAGGAGGACGACGCAAAUCAUGGCCGACUAGUUUCUUCAGGUUUUCGUUAAAGGCUUUUUGGAGAAGAAAGAAGAUAAGGAAUAGCGGGGUUUGCUCUGUGGUUGACGUUAACCACCACGAGAUGAAUGAAGAUGAAAUUCCUGGAUUCAGAUAUCAAAAUCUUAGAGCUCAUUCAUUCCGAGAGAUUUAA